CAUGAAUUGUGUUGUGUCCUUCCCAGCAGGCGCCGAGCUCUACCUCCAGGAUGAGUGUGGAGGCCACGGGGAAGCCCUUAAAGAUGGGCACCCGAGUGGAGGUGAUCGGGAAGGGCCAUCGAGGAACUGUCGCCUUUGUAGGGGCCACCUUGUUCGCCACGGGAAAAUGGGUCGGUGUGAUUCUGGACGAAGCCAGAGGCAAGAAUGACGGCACGGUGCAAGGCAGGAAGUACUUCGUCUGCGAGGAGAACCACGGCAUAUUUGUCCGCCAAUCACAGAUCCAGAUAGUAGAGGACGGCGCGGACACCACGUCUCCGGAGACCCCGGAACCGGCCACCACCAAGGUCCUGAAGAGAGAGUCGACGGAUCCCCCGAAAACCAGUAAAUUGCGUGGACUCAAACCCAAGAAGGUGGUGUGCCUGUUUCUUUAUACUCACCGCUACCAGCGUCAUCAGCAUGCCAUACCCCACUCCUCCAUUACCCAGCGUUCCCAUCACCAUGCAUGCCCGCUCCCAGCACUGCACGACCCCCCCCUGUGACCUGUAAACACCAGCUUGGGUAUGGCCGUUCUUUUCCUGGACUGGCGUUCUUGUUCCGAUGUUUGUGGUUGGGAGUACCG